GAUGGCAAGGCAAACAACUUCGUUCGGCUAACAAAACCCGGCUAAAUUCCAGCGUCACCGAGACAAAAGAGGACAUUUUCGGUUUGCGAGCGACAGAUUCCGAUUCCGAAUCCAAAUCCGAUUCCCCGAGCGACUGCCUUUUAUGUGAGUGGGGGGCAGGCAGCGAUCCCGGCCACAAUUAACAUAUUCCUGGAGUCCAUCAGCCAGCUGGCGGCCCUGGCGACCUCGAGCGGCAUCAUGCAGCUGCUCCUGUCCUCCGUUUGCAUGGCCCUGACCAGCGCGGUGAUCGGGAAUGCCUACUACCAGAAGCAGCAGUUCUACCCGGCGGUGGUGUACAUCACCAAGUCGAACGCCUCCAUGGCGGUCAUCUACAUACAGUUCUUUGUGAUUGUCUUCAUGUUUGGCAAGCUGCUCCGCAAGAUCUUCCUCGGCACGCUCCGCGCCGCCGAGUUCGAGCACCUGCUGGAGCGCUUCUGGUACGCCCUCACGGAGACCUGCUUGGCCUUCACCGUGUUCCGGGAUGACUUCAAUCCGCGCUUCGUGGCCCUGUUCACAGUGCUGCUGUUCCUCAAAUCAUUCCAUUGGCUGGCCGAGGAGCGGGUGGACUUCAUGGAGCGCUCGCCCGUGCUCGGCUGGCUGUUCCACAUUCGCGUGGGCAGCCUGCUCACCAUGCUGGGCAUCCUGGACUACGUGCUGCUGAUCCACGCCUACAACUCCACCCUGGUGCGCGGGCCCACCGUGCAGCUGGUCUUCGGCUUCGAGUACGCCAUCCUGCUCACCGUCAUCGCCAGCACGGCCAUCAAGUACGUGCUGCAUGCCGCCGAGAUGCGCACGGACACGCCGUGGGAGAACAAGGCGGUGUUCCUUCUCUACACGGAGCUGGUCAUCGGGCUCAUCAAGGUGGUGCUCUACAUCCUGUUCGUGGUGAUCAUGGCCAAGAUCUACGCGCUGCCCAUGUUCGUGUUCCGGCCCAUGUUCUUCACCAUCCGCAACUUCCGCAAGGCGCUGAACGACGUCAUUAUGUCGCGGCGGGCCAUCCGCAACAUGAACACCCUCUAUCCGGACGCCACGCCCGAGGAGCUGCGCCAGUCGGACAACAUCUGCAUCAUCUGCCGCGAGGACAUGGUCAACCACUCGAAGAAGCUGCCCUGCGGCCACAUCUUCCACACCACCUGCCUGCGCUCGUGGUUCCAGCGCCAGCAGACGUGUCCCACCUGCCGCCUGAACAUCCUGCGCACGCCGGCCGUCAAUUCCACAGCGAUGCCGCGUGCAGGAGAGGAGGCAGCCGGGGCAGCUGCUGGCGGGAAUGCUGCGGCUCCAGCUGCAGCACCGGCUGGUGGAGUUCCUCCUGCUGCUCCUGCUGCUGGAGGCGAUGCCAAUGGGCCCCUGCCCGCAGGUCAGCCGCCCAGCUUCGCGGAUCUCUUCGGCGAUGCCGCUGGCCUGCCCAAUGGAUUGCCCAACCUGGCUGGCCUCUCGAUGCCUCCGCCGCCCGUAAUGCCCAUGCUCUCGCCCUUCAUGAUGCCUCCGCAGUUUGGCUGCUUCUCGCCGCUGCCGCCGCCGCCGAUUCCACUGGACCUGACCAAGUUUACGGACGAGGAGCUGCGCGCCAUGGAGGGUCACCAGCGGGAGCAGAUCGAGCAGCGCCUGAAGCUUCUACAAAACAUAAACCUCAUGCUGGAUUCGGCGGGGAUUAUGAUGUCCCAGUACCAAAGUCUGGCCAGCCGCUUGCAGCUCACUGCAGUGCCGCCAGCCGGAGCUAAUCCUCCCAGUGCAGAUGCCGCUGCAGGGUCGUACGACAAGCCCAGCACCUCGGCCUCGGCCAUGGCCCAGCUAGAGGCUCACCAGGUGACGCCCACGACUGCAGCGAAUCCUCAGCUGCCCGCAGAAAAGGUGACCAUUGAGGAUCUGGGCGCGGACGCCGACGAGGACGACGUGCCAUCGACGGCCACGGAGGCGGUGAGCCUGCCCAGCUCCGACGCCGACUUCGAGGAGAACUCCUCGGAGCUGGGCGAGCUGAGGAAGCGGCGCUUGAAGUUCCUCGAGGAGCGCAACAAGUUCUCAAGCGAACGCACGUCGGCGGAAUAAACACUGAAGUCUUCACUCCCGAAAAGAAAGGCAGCGAAACCUCAUCCCUCAUCCCACUAGAAAACAUAAACAGAACGUGCUUGCGUUAAUCACAUUUUCUAUUCUCUUUGCUGGUACUGAUUUUGUUUAUACUCCGCUCCUCAUCCGCUGUUCCUGACUCCCUGACUUCUCCUUUCUACGGCUUGCGAUAUGGGAAUAUUACGAUGAUGACGAC